UGGUGGAGGUUCCGGCUAAGAGGGGUCAGUAAGCAACGAUCUAGUGAAUAGGCUAAGGCACCGUUACAUACGCCACACGUACGCCCCGUGCCCGUCUCCUGAUCGGCGAACAGUGGCGCUUAGUUUCACCCCCGAGUGCUAAAACACCAAACAGAUGUUUUAGUUAUUAAAAGCUUAUGGCCAUUUCUACAACCCCUUUAUAGCUUCGCCUCGUACUGUGCCGCUCACACCUCAACCUACUCUUGACAGACCGAACAGUUACCAAGCGCACGACGACCAGUCCAAAAAUGCCCAUCGAAAUCAAUCAGCUAGAACCGCAAUACUCGAGACUUCUCAGUCUACCAGACGAACUUCGAAACAGAAUAUACGCCUACGUGCUGACUUCUCCUUCUCAAGGCGUUGAGUACACCCGCUCCACGAACGACCCCGGCGAUCUCAGCGAUGACUUCAAUCAGCUGCGUUACCAACCCCGCGUCUCAAUCGACCCAGUUCAUCCAUUCGCUCAGCCCGCCACAAACGCACUGGCUCAAAACAGUAGUCUUCGACCAUUCCGCAGUAUGGGUUCCUUGCGCGCAACUUCCCCAUAUCCCAGACGAUAUGCCGACCCUGUUGCACCUAGCAGCUACCUGCGCCGCACUCCCCUGGAUGACAGUCCGCUACCUUGUCCCAAACUGGCUCUACACCUCCGCCGACCAUCUAUGCCCUCUCACCGCACUCGACGUCAUCACCGCGGGCAUCAUGCUCUCCGCCACACUGCGCGACGACACGCUGCACCAGCUUUGGCCCCAAUCGCAGAGCUUCACGAGCUUGAUGUACUGGCAGCUGGGGCGGCGUGCGGGUGCUACGGGGCUCGUGCCGUCGACAAAAACCGAGGAUAUGGACAAGUUGCGUGUGCCGAACUUGCGGUUCGUGCCGCACGAGAGUGA